AUGAGUAGCAGCACGAGUCUGACAACAACUGAGAGCAGCAGCACGACUCUGACGUCCGCGAGUGAGACGAGUAGUGUCUCGAGUACCACGUCGCUGAGCAGCACGACGAGAACUAGCAGCACGACGCUGAGCAGCACGACUCUGAGCAGCAGCACCACUCUGACAACCACGAGUGAAACGAGCACCACGUCUCUGAGCAGCAUCACCGUCAGCAGCAGCACGUCGCUGAGCAGCAGCACGACGUUGUCUUCCACGACGUUGUCUGCCACGAGCAGCACGUCCUUGUCUGCCACGACGGGUAGCAGCACUACCACCACGUCGACCAGCACGACGGGAAGCAGCAUCACGCUGAGUAGCACGACUCGCAGCAGCAAGACAGAUAGCAGUUCCACGACGUUGAGCAGCACGACGUGGAGUAGCCUUAGCAGCCUGACUUUCACGAGUGAGACGGGCACUCGAACGAGUACCACGUCUUCCAGUAGCGCGACGGAGAGCAGCAGCACGACUGUGAGCAGCACAACUGUUUCCAGCAGUAGCACCCUGAGUUCCACUAGUGCCAGCAGCAGUGUAACACGAAGCACAGCGAGUAGCACCUUUUCGGAGAGCAGCAGCACGACGCUGACUUCCACGAGCGCUACCAGCAGCAGCACGCUAAGCAGCACGACUGGUACUAGCAGCACAACUCGAUCGAGCAGUACGAUAUCGAGCACGGCUACGUCAACUUCCGUCAGCACUACCACAUUGUCCAGCACAUGGACGCUAUCUUCCACGUCGACGCUCUCUUCAUCCACGGUUUCCAGCUCAAGCACCGUGUCCAGUACCACGGUUUCAACCACAUCGGAAACCAGUUCCAGUCUCACGUCGGAGACCAGCACCUCCACAACGACUGUGCAAAUCGUCAACACGAUCAGGGGAACGAUGGAGCUCAGUGUUUCCGACCCCGCAGCUUUCGCGAGCGAUGCGGCUGCCGUGGCUGCCGUGACGGACAGCAUCGCCAGCCUGGUGAGCGUGGCGGCGAGCCAGGUGUCCGUGACCUUGAGCGCCGUGAGGAGGCUUGGCCCGAAAGUGCCGGCGCAGUCUUCGGCCAAGGCGACACGGCUAUCCUCCGUGCAGGCUGCCUACAGCAUCACGACCGUCGGUGGGCCAGGCACCACUGCAGAUACCAACUCGAACAUCCUUCUUGCGCUGACCGCCUCGGACGCCACGUCGGCCAUGCAGAACUUGACCACGCAAAACCUCGAAAGCCAGGGUUUGAGCUACGCACUGACGGUGGAGAGUUUCAGCACGCCAGUGUUCGAUAGCAUAACACUUACGAUGACGUCGACGACCACGACAUUGAGCAUCACCAGCACAACAAGCGUAUCAACUGCAUCGGGCACAUCGUCAGUGACCACCUGGACCUCCACCACCACCAUCAGCACGCUUACCACCUCCUCCACCACAACUUCGACCACCACGACUUCGACCACCACAUCCACAUCCACUACGACUUCGACGACGACCACAAUCGGUGCCGUGUCUGUUGUCGCAAUCCCCACAGAACUGAAUUCCUGCAACUCUCUGUUCGUCCACGCUGCGCUACCAGACGACACGACCGCUUUGACAUGGUCGUGUGAGCCGUCUAAUUCCAAGCUGUGCGCCAACAUCUUAUCCGUGGCUACAGCAGGCGCGGUCGUGUCCACGCUACAAGUCUCGAGUGACCUUGUCUCUGACGCGGCGGCAGAGGAUGCAGAUCUUAUUUUUCCAGUGUCCGUGUGGCUGCAAGCGCACGGUCUGAAUCAGCACGGAGAUCAGUCGCUGGGUUCCACCACCUUCAUUUUCGACGCCUUCGGCGGUGGCUCCGUGUCUCUGGUCAAGGCCGCCAGCACCACUGAGUACACGCUGUUGGACGACUACGUGCGCCUCAGUACCAAUGUCGUGCUCUGCGACGGCGCCUCGGUCGGGGAGGCCAUCGAGAUCGCGUGGAGCUGGAGGCCGGUGGUGCAGGGCGGCGACGCGAUGUGGACCGGGUGGGCGAACGACGCCGGCGCUGGGCACACGUCCCUCAAGAUGCCCGUCGGCGAGCUGGGGGGCGCCGCCGGGGACUUCGAGGUGAAGGCCUCCAUCGUCGGCUCCCAGGCGGGGGACGCCAUCUUCGAGGUGGUCGUCGGCGACAUCCCGCCCCCCGACGCCAGCCUGGUGCUGCCAGCCAGGGCGUCGAAGGACUGCGACUUCUCCCUCGACGCCUCGGGCUCGGCGGACCCCGGCGGGGCGGGCCUGUCCUUCGCGUGGGCCUGCGCGUCCGAUGGCGCCUCGGCCUUCGCCGCCUCGGCCGGGGCGGUCGCGGCGUGCAGCGCGGCGGUGGCGGGCGAGUCGGCUGCUGCCAUCCGUGUGCCAGGUGGGAGUCUGCUCGCGGGCGCCUACCGCUUCACGGUCACGGUCUCCCGCGUAGACGCCGAGGCGAUCGGUCAGGGCACCGUGUUGGUCACCGGUUCCAGCCAGCCCGUGGUCUCCCUCGCUACGCCGGCAGCAGAAGUGUCUCCACAGCAACCACUGACGUUUUCGGCCACAAUUGUCCAGUCAGCAGGCUGCACCGCGCCAGGUUGGAAGGCGUGGUGGAUCGUGACACCAGAUGGCAGCAGCGCGGUCCAGCUGGCGCCGUCGGCGGCGACCAGCUUGGUGGAGCUGUCGGUGCCCUCGCUGUCGUCUGCACCUGGCGCCUACUACCAGCUGCGACUGGUGCUGUCCGAGUCGGCGUACAAUGGCUUCACAGAAAACAGCAACAGCGGUGUCUACGUUUUUGAUUCCGCGGAGUUCCUUAUCGACGAGCCACCCACGGGCGGCACGUGCGAAGUGUUCCCGAGCAGCGGCAACGUCACGCUGACGAAGUUCACCCUCGCCUCAUUCAAUUGGCUGGACGACGACUUGCCGCUGCUCCACAAAUUCUCCAAAUGUCUUGGAACCAUCAAUGAUGGUUGCGAUUCCUGGACCACUAUCAGUGCAUACUCGCAGAGCCAGACCAAACAGAAUCUCAUAUUCGGCACGCCCGGGACGGUGAUGAUCGAGGCUAAGGCCAAAGACAUGCUCGGCUCUUGCAGCACGGCUGUCACUGAGGUGGAGGUCUUCGAGCUGAGAGCAGCCGUCAGCGACGACGUUCUUCUUGAUGUAGUUGCGUCGGUGGCCAACGUUGGUGAUCCAUUUGCGACCCUGGCGGCCUUGUCGGCGGUGGCGGAGAGUUCCAGCGGUGGGAACCAGGAGUUCUGUGGCAUUUUACUGGAAACCAUGGCGAAUGGCGGUGCCCUCUCAGACCUGGACACGGAGAGCAUUGACGCCACCACGACUACGCUGGCGAACAUCGUGGCGUCGGCGUCCACGGCGAAGUCCGCGAGCUCGGGCGGCGGCGCCGCCCAGACGACGCAGGAGAUCGUCCUGGACAUGGAGGUCGCGGCGAAGGCAGCGACCAUGGUCACGAGCAUCGCGGCGGCGGCGACGGGGAUGGACGAGGGCAUGGCGGCGGGGACCGCCACGAUGCUGAUGAGCUCCGUUGCCACGCUGCUGAACACCGCCACGGCAGACCCGGCCACCACGGCCGCCAACGCCACUGCGGCCGCAGGCUCGGAGGCCACCGCCCUCUCGGACGAGCAGGUAGCCGAGCAGAGGGCCCUGAGCGGCCAGCUCCAGCGGGCCACCGAGGCCAUCGGCGACGCCGUCCUCCGGGCCACCCCUCUGGGCGAGACGGCGGCGGGCGGCGCCUCCGUGGGCGGCUUCACGCUGCCCCCGCUGCCGGGCCUCGCGGGCCGCCGCCUGGCGUCUGGGCGCCGGCUCACGGGCGGAGAGGCCCUCGGCCUGCAGAUGGCGAGGUGGCACAAGAACCCCUUCUCGUACGCGGGCUCCAGCGCUCCGGCCCCGACCUCGAGCGGCGGGGUGGCGAGCGCCCUGAGCAUUGCGACGGACGGCGUGCGGUCCUUCGGCAUCCGGCUUGACGGGGAAGAGGUGGCGGUGAGCGGCCUGGCGAACCCCAUUAUCCUCGAGCUGCCCAGGCAUUCGAGCGCCGAGCGCAGGCGGCUGCUCGCGCACAGGACGCUGAGUGCAGGCCAGGAUGACACAGCGGAGCAGGUGGAGGAGUGUAUGUUUUUUAAUCACACGAGUGAGGUCUGGUCUACCGAGGGCUGUUCGGUAGUGGAGAUCCGCGGAGACACGCUGGUUUGCGCAUGCAGCCACCUUUCUUUCUUCUCCUCUGCCCUCGGCAGCCUGUCCUUCCUCGGCGACUUUUUCUGUCCUAACGUGGCCAUCCUCGCCCCUGCAGGAUUUGCGAACCUGAGCCGAGGCCGGUGGGCGCAUCAGCGAGGCGGGAUCGUGCUCUGGACGCUGCUGACUAUACAUUUGGUCAUCACUUUGGCGGCAUGGAAAUCGCAGAGGUCCAAGACGCCGCCCACAGUUUUCUUGUACUCCGAGGACGCUCGCAGCUACAAGAAGAGGGCUGUGCUCGCGAAGCUGGUGAGCACUGGGCGGAAGCACGGCAAGUCCAGGCCGAAGAUGCUCGUCGUCUUCGCCGUGCACGCCGGGCUGAAGCUCAAGCUGGAUUAUGACUACGACGAGCUCUGCCGGAAGAGCCUGCGCGAUAUUGUUCGAACUCUAGUUUUCUACAAGAUGAUGACAAUGUGGGUCACGGCCACCCUGGGCUUCUCCGAAGUGGACAUGCGCAUCAUGCGCCACGGCAACGUGGUGGAGAUGGGCAACGAGGCGAAGGGGGCCGCGGCCGACGAGCCUCGCGCGUGGGCACCCCGGCGAGUCUCGGGCCGUCAGGACCUCGCCACUUGGCAAGGUGCGAGACACUCUGACUCGAGCCAGAGCGAUGGUGAUGGCGUUGGUGCGGGCUCGGGCGGCGGCGUCGCCGACAGCUUCGCAGCCGUCCUCCAGGAGAAAAUGAGCCUGCUCCAGGCUCGUCGGCGCAGCCUCGAGAGAGAGCCCACAGAUGUGACUGUCCAACGGGGGGCGUCUGGGCUUGCGAACGACGCCGCGGAUGAGGUGCUGAAGUUCUCCAGGGAGGUCGGCUCCCUUUGCAAGGCGUACCACCCGAUCUACAAACUCGUGCUGAGCAACAUGACCAUGCCCUGGACAUUCCAGAUUAUUGCGCUGCUCGACGCCGUGUUCGGCUCGCUCAUGAUGUCGGCAGCCUUUUACGGGACCAGCGCGAGCCCCAACGUCCCCGAGUGCGUGGGCCCAGACGACUUGCUGGCGAACCUCGUGCGGGAUCUGUUCGUGACCUUGGCCUCUACGAUCGUCAGCCUCGCUCCGCUCAUCCUGGUGAUGUCCCGCAAGAACCGCUCGAUGCCACGGGCCUACUCGGCGGACCAGGUGCGGCGGAAGGUCCAGAAGUGGCUCCUUCAGGACUUCGCCAUCGUGGCGGCUGGGCUGCUAUGGUUUUCUUUCUGCGUCAUGUACAUAAUGCUCUUCUUGGCGAACGUGAGCCAGCAGGAUGCGGACCACUGGAUCAUCAGCGUGGUCACUCGCUUCAGCAGUUCGUGGGUCAUCUUGCCACUGCUCCUCACCACUCUGUGGGUGAUGGCGCUGAAAUUUUUCGAGCUCUCCAGCGGACGGACCUUCAUUGAGAGCAGCAUGAGCGGGCUCUUGAGAUCAAUCAAACAUGUCGGCCAGAAAGACGAAGGCGGCGGCGGUGGCAAGGAGGACCAGGCAAAGCCAGCCCGACUGUCCGUGGAUCCGCCGCCGCUCCUCCAUGAGGGGCCGGACGCCGGGGGGGGCGUCUGGCCGCCAGAUGCGGGCCACGCUUGGCCGCCGCAGCCGCGGCCCCUCGGCGCUUCCGGGGUGGGGGCUCCCGAUCGUAACGAGGAGCUUUUCUGGAGCUGGGUCGGCUACCUCGGCCUGCCGCCCCUGCCGCGCCUGGAGGCUUCCCGCCCGCCGCCGGGCUCCUGGGCGGACUGGCGGCUGCCGUCCCCGCCGCGCCUGGAGAGCUACGGCAACCGACCGCGUCAGAUACGCCGCCCGAGCACCGCCUGGAGAGAUUCACGGAGCUGCUCGCCCUCUCGCCGCGGGAGGCUGCGCGCAGCUUGCGGGCGCCCCGCGCCGCCGCCCGCUGGGCGCCGAGCCGCCCCCCUCGUAUUUCGUGUUCGCCCUACGCCGGUGCGGACUGGGCGGGGAGCGCCUCGGGCCCAGGUCACGGCGCGCGCCCCGCCGCUGACUGACGUGCACCGCUGGGCCCUUCCUGCUCUGCGGCCGGUGAGGGUGCCCAAUUGCCCUUUCAGUCGGGCAUGUCCCUCUACAGGAGGAAUAUUCACAAGCUGUAGAAAAAUACGACGGGAACGAUGUUGUCUACUGCUGUUACUAUUUUCGACAGUUUCUUCCGUACUGCCCGGGGUUCGAGCUUGAAUCAGAUCAUACUUGUGCUCACUCCGCCAACUCGACUUUGCCGACCAGGGCACAGUCGAGUCCUUCGGCUCGUGUCGUGAUUGACUUGGACCUUUGACGACAAUGUCCGCAUUCAGGACUACUGUGCUGUGCUUUUUCGCUCUUUUGCAAAACGCGACCUUCCCGAGAUGUUCGUCGUCGCGAAGCACCGAACCGGGUCAGUGCCGCGUACCUUCAGCGCGCUGCUGGCACUCGGGCUGCUGCGAUGCACGCCUCUGGCUGUAGAGUAGAUUUCCAGCGUCGUUUUAUUCUCACGACUGGAGCUUUUUCCUCGACCCCGUCGCCUUUUCCUGUCGGCUUCCGGGCCUGCACGGCGACCGCGAGAGGCGAAGGGGAAACAUCGCGGCAGCAGCAUAACUCCGACCGUGUAUGCGCAUAUGCUGCGUGUCUUCGCCCCCGCGGAGAGAGAGAAACCGAGAGCCCGCCGCGACGCCUCGCGACGCCCAGAGGCCUGGGACAGGGGCACGAGCUCGCCCGUCCUCCUGAUGCAAGGGCUCCCUCGAGGGCGCGAAGUUAUUCGCGCUUCGCGCUUCGCGGUCCUCGUUCCUUCUCCCCCUCCUCCUCGUCCUCCUUUUCUCCCUUUGGGGGGGCGGCGCGAGAGCGCGAAGUUAUUCGCGCUUCGCGCAGCGCGAAGCGCGAAGUUGGGAGCCCUAGCUGAUGGCCAGCGUCCCGACUUCUAAUGUAUAUACAUGAGCUGACUUCUGAGAAGCUGGCCUCCUGUGCGAGGCCCCUCCCUCCGAGGGGCCGGGCCCCCUGCCGGGCGGCGGGCCCAGCUUCGGUGGGCCCCAGUCGCGAAACCACGCGGCCUGACGCGCGUUGUGCGGCAGGAGAGGGCGCGGCUGCGGCGCCCGUGCGUGUGGGGAG